GCGGACAUUUGUGUGAGUCUGUUCGUGGCACUGGUCCAGUACUACGAGAGACUGGUCAAUGCCUGGCACCUUGGACUCAUCCUCUGCAAACUGAGGGAGUUCGUGGCAGAGUUCACUCCCCAGACCAGCAUCGUCAUCAUGAUGGAGAUCGCCAUCGAACGAUACAUCGCCAUAACUCGACCCCUUUCCGCCUCAUCGGUGCUGAGCAGGCGAAAACUCAUUGUGGCGGCUGUCCUAGCGUGGGUUCUGCCAGCAAUUCUUUCGGGCCGAUUGCUGUUUUCGGUUACUCUCGUCGAACUGGAGUACAAUGGAUCCACGAACUGCUACAAUCCGGACAAACACAUUGAGAUAUACAUUGCAGAGACCCUGCUGUUCUACGCAGUCCCAUUGGCUGGUAUGACAGUCGUGUACUCGGUCGUGAUACGCCAGCUGCGAAACAGCAUCCGACAGCAGGCCAUUAUGAUUUCCGGUGCACACAGUGUGAAAACUUCAUCAAAAGCUGAGAAGAGCAGCACGAUCAACGAUUCUCUCAACUCUGACAGGGACGAAACUGACCGAGCAAAUCCGAACCGGCUACAAGUGCACACUACAUCUCAUCACAGAAGCAACUGCAAACUACAGUCUUCGCAACCAGUGUCACGACAAACCAAUCAAACCAGUCAGCUUCACUCGGCUAAAAGCCGAAUGAACGUCGUGUCCAUGCUCGCACUGAACGUCAUGCUGUUCGCAAUUUUCACCUUCCCCUUUCACUUUUCCCGACUCUAUAUAUAUUCAACGAGUCCUCGCGGCACAAUGAACCUGUUCGGAAGCGAACUGUUCGGGUUCCUAGUGGUCUCGAACUCAAUCGCUUUCCGAUGUCUCGAUUCGGCUCUGAACCCACUUGUAAUUAUCAUUCUUUCUCCUCGGAUCCGCUCGGCCAUUCGCCGACUGUUCUGCCGCCGAUGUAUUCGUGAACCGAGAGAAAACCGAGAACAGAUGCGAAGAGGCAGGCCAAUUCAGAUGCAGGAACCGACCAGGACUGGAACUACGAGCAGGUUUCCAAACAGCACCUACCAAAAUCAGGAGAAAUCGGCUCGAUCUAGAGACCCCUCUCAAGGAUCAUUUACGUUUGGCCAGAGUACUAGCUCUGUCGCGAAGUCAACAGUAUAAGUCUGGUUAUGCUUAUAGAACUUUGAGCAUAACUUAAGACAAUUCUAAGAUAGAGUUGUGUUCUGUUAUGUAAUCAAACAAAACCUAUCAUUUUUAACCGCUGUUUUUCUCAAAAUUUGUGAUUUAAUAAGCAUUCCUUCGCUUUCGGGAAAAAAAGA